AUGUCCGUUAAGGCAUUGAACCAGAAUCGUCGCGCGCAGGUUGCAGAGACGAUGGUGCUCGCUUUGAUGGCCGGAUGGAUCACGUACCUGAUUCAGAAGAAGAAGGAGUAUCUGCACGAGGGCAUAGAGAAAACGUCGCGACUGACAAAACAGCGGCUGCUGCAGACCGUUUCGAUGUCGUAUUCACUCUUUGUCCUGUAUAUCCUGGGCUUGUCCACUGUUAUGUGGUCUAUUUGUCGACAUCAGACUCUGUCUAAAGCUCUCCGUGCGUCGUCCAGACAUGAGCGCGACACUGGUCUUGUCGUAGGCUGUGUACUGCCUCCUUUUGUGCUCUUUAGUCGCCUAUUGGUGGGGAUGUAUCAUGAAGAAGGUUUUUCAAGUUUUACUUUUUUUUACGCAUGGACCAGCAUUUCCAUUGGUGUCAGUGUGCUGCUCAAGGUUGCGGUGUUUGGGACUGUGACAUCAUGCAGUGUAAACGCCCUCGUGGAUAUGGUGUUGCUGCCGGUGGCAUUCGGCCUGUUCAGUCCGGUGGAAGCGGAGUGGAGGUUUUUGUUAGCUACCGGUGGACGAGUCAUUGUGGCCGCUGUGUUAUCUGCGGGCUUCAAGCUCCUACCUCGGUCAUUCACUAUUGGAGAAGCGAUGCUCGUUGCUGAAGGCAUCGGCCUUUGCUUGUAUGAUCUUGUUCUUGUCACGGUUAAAAAAGUAAGUGAAUGCGAUAUCAUCGACUUGCAGCCCGUGGUGCUUCACCCGUGGCUCAUCAUUGACAUUGACCGACCAGACUAUGUAAUGGCGCUGCAGGUUGGAAUGAUGGGGUCGUUGCUGGUGUGCGUGGCGCUAAUUCCGCUUUUAUGGUCUUAUGGAACUCCGUCGCCCACUAUUGUUGCGCAGCCGUUGCCUGUGAAAGGAACGGUGACGUUUGUACUCACAGUUGCGGUGGUUGUAGGCGGUGUGGUAUAUCCGUGGAGCUGUUUUUUGUUGCAGACGUGGAACCCCAUUGCGUGGCUACUUGGCUUCCUUAUGGAGUCGAGCGAUGUCUCAGUAUUCUUACCACCACGAUUCGAACUGAUAGGAUACUGGGCGGUUUGUAUGGUCGUUUUGAUUCCAUUCUUUGCGUUCAUCUCAACCCGCUUAGCGCUGCGUAACAUUGUCGCACGAAAGCUAUUCCAUCUCUUGGCGGUAUUGAUGCUUGGCCCAGCAUCACUUAUUGAUGCCUCCAUGCUGUCAUUAAGUUAUGGCGUGGCUCUCAGCAGCUUCGUCCUCGUGGAGUGUGUUCGCGCGCUGGCACUGCCACCCUUCGGUCAGUCGAUCGCUGAAUUUAUGCGAUCAUUCAUCGAUCAUCGCGAAGGCGGACUUGUCAUUUUGACCCACUCGUACUUGCUGCUCGGCUGUGCUUUGCCACUAUGGCUAGCUUCAUCGUCAAUCAGGAUAUCUGCAGUCGCAGCAAAUGCUGGUGUGCUUGCACUGGGUGUCGGAGAUGCAAUGGGAGCCACCGUGGGCUUGAGCAUUGGCAAGCGCACAAUUUUCGGCAGCAAGACUGUGGAAGGAUGUGCAGCUGUGUUCAUUUCGAUGAUGCUUGCUUCAAUACCGCUUCACGACUACCAUUUGCGCUCAUUCUAUAAUGGGGAGCACGUUCAGUUGGUGCUGCUCACAGCAGCAACCAUUCUGACAACCGUACUAGAGGCUGCAACAGCGCAAAUUGACAAUCUGGUACUCCCCCUCUUCUUUUAUACGGCGUGCAAUUUAGUAGAUUGUCAUCGAGUGUGA